CAUCGUCGACUCUGCCACCAACAAUACAUCAGCAACAAAAACCAAAUCAAAAAUAAAAUAAAUUUUUCGAAAAAUGUCAGGAAGAGGAAAGGGCGGAAAGGGGCUGGGAAAGGGCGGGGCAAAGCGCCACCGCAAAGUGCUCCGCGACAACAUCCAGGGCAUCACAAAGCCGGCCAUCCGCCGUCUGGCUCGUAGGGGCGGCGUGAAGAGAAUAAGCGGAUUGAUCUAUGAAGAGACACGUGGCGUGCUGAAGAUAUUCCUGGAGAACGUGAUCCGUGACGCCGUCACCUACACCGAGCACGCUCGCCGCAAAACAGUAACUGCCAUGGACGUGGUUUAUGCUCUCAAGAGGCAGGGCCGUACUCUUUACGGGUUCGGUGGUUGAUUUUAGUAUUAGGGUUUCUUUGUACAUUUCUCUUUAGAUCGAAUCUACCAGAUGUAAUGUUUUUUUCAGUAAAAUGGUAUUUUGUUUGAACAAUUCCUCUCUUUACUGUAUCUACCAGACUUUAUAAUAUUCAAUCUAACUGUUACCAAUGCUGCAACCAUAUGGUGUUUU